CAAAUUGGUAUCGCUUUCACCCACUCCCUCUCAUUCAAACCCUAACAUUUCAAAGAUUCUCUUCUCUCACCGCCGUCCACCACCCUCCUUUUCCCUCGCCGCCGCGCUCCUCCUUCUCACUGCUUCCCUCUCUCACUCUGAAGGUCACCGCAGCACUGUCGUCGCGCGCCUGAGAAACAUGCCCGAGGAGAACGUCUUAUCGCACGCUUGACCCAGCCGAGGAGGACGUCGUCGUGUUGUUCCUGAGACAGCCGAGGAGAAUCGUCGCGUCAGAGGCAGAAUCGUCGCUGUCUUCAUCGUGUCAGAGGAAAAUCAUCUUCGUUGCCGUCGUCAGCCUCUUCACCUCCGUUCCUCCCUCUCCGUUGCUCUGCCGAUUUGUACGCCAUCCCCCCACCUCACCUCUCUGCUCCCAACCCGCCACUCUCCUUGCUCCCGUGCUCUCCUCUCCGCUUGUGUCCGCAGUCCGCUGCACCGCCCCCCCACCUCGUCCGCUGCUCCGUGCUCUACGUCGUCGCUCGUUGUCCGUGUGAAAGAAGCCACCGUCUGCCGUCGGCAGCAUUGCCAUCACAGCCGUCGGUUGUCCCUCCCCCUCCUCCACUUCUGAUUGGAUACUCUCGCCCUCUUUGUAUUUUAUUGCACUAAAGGGACAAAUAUGGGAGGCAUAGAAAUUAUUGAUUUAUCUAGUGAUGAUGAGAGUGAAAAGGUUAUUCCCAUAGCGGUGAAGCAGGAGCCAGAUCUUGUUUUGGAUGUAAAGCAAGAAAAAUCGACUAAUAAAGGUCAACUGGCCAAUCGAAAUGGAUCUCGCAUUCAUUCUGUUCGACAAGAUUCUGAAAAUAAUAUUUUCUCUAAUAUUCCAAGGAACGGCCUGGUAGCUAAUCAGGGGUUGCCACCAGCUGAUGAUUCAGACAUUUCUUAUGCGUCACCCAUUUGUGCAGCACCCCUUACUAGGCAGUUUUGGAAAGCUGGGACUUACGAUGAUGGGCCUGCUUGUAAAAAAGUCACAGUCCAAAAUGCCAAAAACUAUCUACAUGUACACCCUAUGUUCCUUCACUCGAAUGCAACUUCACAUAAGUGGGCAUUUGGUGCCAUAGCAGAGCUUCUCGAUAAUGCAGUUGAUGAGAUCCAAAAUGGGGCUACCUUUGUCCUUGUAGAUAAAACUUCAAAUCCAAAGGAUGGAAGUCCAGCAUUGCUGAUUCAAGAUGAUGGUGGUGGAAUGGAUCCAGAAGCAAUGAGGCAUUGCAUGAGUUUUGGAUUUUCAGAUAAGAAGUCAAAGCUGGCUAUUGGGCAGUAUGGUAAUGGCUUUAAGACCAGUACAAUGAGGCUUGGGGCUGAUGUCAUUGUCUUCAGUCGGCAUAUGAGUAAUGGGAUAUUGACGCAAAGCAUUGGACUUCUGUCAUAUACAUUUUUGGUGCAAGAAAAGCUUGACAGAAUAGUAGUACCCAUGGUAAACUAUGAGUUUAAUUCAUCAACUGGAUCAUUGGAGAUAUUAAAUGGCAAAGAGCAUUUUGUCACCAAUUUAUCUUUGAUUUUGCGCUGGUCUCCAUACUCCUCAGAAGAGGAACUUCUUGGACAAUUUAAUGACGUUGGAUCUCAUGGUACUAAAGUCAUUAUCUACAACUUGUGGCUCAAUGAUGAUGGGAACUUGGAGCUAGAUUUUGAUACGGAUCCCGAGGAUAUACGAAUUGCUGGGGAUGUAAGGAAGAUUGACACAAUUCCUGCCUGGCGGGAAGCAAAUGAGAAACAUAUUGCUCAUCGGUUCCGUUUCUGUUUACGUGUUUAUAUGUCAAUAUUGUACUUGCGGAUACCAGAAACUUUUCAUAUGUUUUUGAGAGGCAUAGUUGUGCAGCCACAUAACAUUGCUGAUGAUCUUAAAUAUCCUGAAUUUAUCUUGUAUAAACCACAAGUUGGUGGAACCGUGGAGGCAACAGUUGUGACAACAGUUGGAUUCCUUAAGGAAGCUCCUCGAGUCAUUAUGCACGGUUUCAAUGUAUAUCACAAAAGUCGGCUAAUACUGCCAUUUUGGCAGGUUGUGAACUAUUUAGACAGUAGAGGCAGAGGAGUUGUUGGUAUCCUGCAAGCGGAUUUUGUUGAGCCAACUCAUAAUAAGCAAGAUUUUGAGAAAACUUCUUUGUUUCAAAAGCUUGAAGCACGAUUGAAGGAAAUGACAUGGGAAUACUGGGACGUGCAUUGUAGAUUGCUUGGGUAUCGCGAAAAAUAUCCAGUUCCUAAAGCGAAACAAGCCGAACUCAAUAGAAGUUCCUACUCUGUUGAUGCUAAAGCAGCAAAUGAAAAUGCUGAACUACGCAAGAGAACCAUGCGAAACACAUCUGAGCAAGGAUCUAAUAACAAGAGGAAGAUAUAUGAAUCGGUAGACCUCCAUAAUUCGAAAAAGCAUGCAAAGGAAGAGAAUAUUAAAGGUGUUGGCUUAUCUCAGAAUAUGCAGGUUAUUCCGUCUCCUGCGGAGCAGAUGCUAGACCAAGAGACCUUAAUAUUAUUGGAAGAAAACCAGAAACUACGGACAAAAUGUUUGGAAUCUGAAAAGAUACAAGAAGAACUUAAUCUUAAGGUAACAGAUCUUAGAAGUAAAAUAGAAGAAGCCAGAGGGCAGCAUAAUCUACUAUUGGCUCAACUACAACUGCUAGAUGUGAAAGAUUAGUACUAAUUGUAGUAGUAGUUGUAGGUGUAGCUGUAACAAUUGGCAGUGCUCAAAUUCUUUUAUUUGUACAAGUGUUGUACCAUAUGUAUAGUUUCACUUUCACACGCUAGGUAGGUGUGUAGCUAGCCAAUUUUGGUUCUUUGGAGGGGCAUAGUGGUCAAUGCUGUAAGCUAGUUUGGUUUAUAUGCCUUGGUUAGUCUUCAUUUCAAGGUUUGUAACAUCAGGGGUUUUUUGGUAAGUUAAGAAAUUUAGCCACAAAAGCUGAAGAUUUUUCUCUUCUGUAUACAUGUAACAUGAUAAACCAUUAUUUGUGAAAUGAGCAAGGCAAUCUUUUCGUCUC